CGUGGCACGACCCACGACACAGACUUUGGCCAAUAAUCGUGGAAAACGAGAUCUUAUGUACAGGCCAAUAACCAAUCAACUGCAAGCAAUAGGCUGCUAUUCCCUGUGCAUGGAUUCUGUGCCGCAACUGCAAGCAAGCGAGUAUAGGAAGUGCGUUUCUUGUAGCGUUGGAGCAAAACUCUGUGGUUGAAGUAGCGAAUUUUGGCGUCGAUGUGGAUCAGCGGAUAAAGCGGAUAAAUUACACAACCAUACCAUCGUAGUUGUGAGUUCGGGGUCGUACGAUAGGCUACACUGCAAGCAUCCCCGGCGCCAUCUGGGAGGGUGAGGUUGUGGUUUCUAGUAUUGCCGGGUACGACACGGCGUGGGUUAGCUAAGGUGGGCCUUGGUAUCUGAUUGACCAGCCAGUUAGCAAUCUAGCAACUUCAAAUAAUAUAAAAUCAAGUGUUGACCAACACAUAACAUAAUUUUUUUUGUUGCUGUGAAUACCCAUUUGACAGCCUUCUGGGCGCAUCCUAAUUCGAAACUGAUUGGGACUAUCACGCGCACUACAGAAGCCAAAUGGCAGAUAACCUGAGUGAUGCGUUGAAGAAGCUGAAGCUAGCCUCAGCUGACAGCACCACAGACAGUGUGGAGAGCUGCCUGGACUGCCUGCUCAAAGCACUGGCCCACAAUAAUGCUGACGCCAGUGAGAAGAUCCAGGAGAUGGGCGUUCUCCCCCUGCUUCCCACCCUGCUGGCCCCACAGUCCUCCUGCACCCCCAAAGUAGCCAACAUCAUAGCCGAGGUGGCCAAAAAUGAGUUCAUGCGUAGCCCCUGUGUGGAGGCGGGCCUCAUCCCCCCCCUGGUGCAGCUGCUCCACUCCAAGGACCAUGAGGUUCUGCUGCAGACAGGCCGUGCCCUAGGCAACAUCUGCUACGACAGCCAUGAGGGCAGGAGUGCAGUUGACCUGGCGGGAGGGGCUCAGAUAGUAGCUGGACACAUAAAGUCACUGUCCCAAAAUACUGACCCGGACAAUGGGAAGCUCUUGACUGUCUUUUGUGGCAUGCUGAUGAACUAUAGCAAUGAUAAUGACUCCUUGCAGGCCCAGCUGAUCAACAUGGGAGUGAUCCCCACCCUGGUGAAGUUGCUGGGGCUCCACUCUGACAACACAGCCCUCACAGAGAUGUGCCUCAUUGCCUUCGGAAACCUUGCCGAGCUCGAGUCGAGCAAGGAGCAGUUUGCCUCCACGAACAUCGCCGAGGAGCUGGUGCGUCUUUUCCAGAGGCAAGCGGAGCACGAGAAGAAGGAGAUGAUCUUUGAGGUCCUGGCUCCACUCGCUGAGAACGAUGUGAUCAAGCUGCAGUUGGUGGAGGCCGGCCUGGUGGAGUGUCUGUUAGAUGUGGUAGUUCACACAGUGGAUGGAGUGCGGGAGGAGGAUGUGGCGCAGCUCAAAACAGCCUCCGACCUCAUGGUGCUGCUGCUGCUGGGAGAUGAGUCCAUGCAGAAGCUGUUUGAGGGGGGCAAGGGCAGUGUGUUCCAGAGGGUCCUGUCCUGGGUGCCAUCCCACAACCACCAGCUGCAGCUGGCAGGGGCACUGGCCAUCGCCAACUUCGCCCGCAACGAUGGUAACUGCAUCCACAUGGUGGAAUCAGGCAUCGUUCAGAAGCUACUGGAGCUGCUGGAUCGCCACGUGGACGAGGGCAACGUCACCGUGCAGCACGCGGCGCUCAGCGCCCUGCGCAACCUGGCCAUUCCUGUGGUGAACAAGGCUAAGAUGCUGUCGGCAGGUGUGUCAGAUACGGUGUUGAAGUUCCUCCCGUCAGAGAUGCCUCCUGUCCAGUUCAAACUGCUGGGGACGUUACGCAUGCUCAUCGACACACAAGCGGAUGCGGCAGACCAGCUGGGGACCAAUGGGAAGCUGGUGGAGCGUCUGGUAGAGUGGUGUGAGGCAAAGGACCACGCAGGGGUCAUGGGAGAGUCCAAUAGACUGCUCUCAGCCCUCAUCCGCCACAGCAAGUCAAAGGACGUCGUAAAAACAGUCAUCCAGGGGGCAGGAGUGAAGCAUUUAGUAGUCAUGGCGACGAGUGAACACAUGAUCAUGCAGAACGAGGCGCUGGUGGCUCUGGGCCUCAUCGCCGGGUUGGACCUGGUGGGGGCCGAAAAGGACUUUGUUGGGGCUGGCCUGGUACAGGUGCUCCACAAGCUGCUGUCAGACGAGAUGAGUGCACCGGAGGUCAAAUACAACUCCAUGGUCAUCAUCUGUGCGGUCAUGGGUUCAGAGCCUCUCCAUAAAGAAGUGCAGGGGCUGGCCUUCAUCGACGUGGUCUCCAAGCUGCGGUCACACGAGAACAAAACGGUGUCCCACCAGGCGUCGCUCACAGAGCAGAGGCUAACGGCACAGAGCUAAAUGACUCUUAACUCCCACAGCCCCCCCGACCCCCAAUGCCUGCCUCAUAGCCAAUCCCUGCACCCCCAUUCCUUUCUACAGAACCUUCCUCCCUCUGUGUUUCCCAUCGUCACGUGCCAAGGUAUCCUGUCCCUCUCCCCUGUCAACAGCCAGCUGUUCCAGCUAACUACCCCCCCCCUCCCCAGUGCAUUCAUACUCCGCUCCAAGCAGCAGCUCCAUCCAUAUUAAAAAAACAAGGUGCCAGUAGACAGCCUUUUCGUUUCGCAAUAGAUAGACAUACAAAGAGAGACGACUUUUUAUGAUGACCAUAGCUGUGAUACCCAUUCACUUCAAUAACUCGCCGAUAACGUAAAAAUAAAAAAAACAUACAAAAUAACCAAAAAAAAACUAUUUGAGUUCGGUGGUUUGAAAACAAAUUUAGCAGCCAAUGCAUCCUUGCUGUGUUCUUUACUUCCGUGUCCCAUGUUAGCUUGAGUACCAGCCCGAAUUGAAGUCGACGUGCAUGUUUUAGUCCAGUUGAUGGUGUAUCCGUGUUCAUUUUGAACCUGUCCACGUACCCAAAACCACAGCCCUGUGGCAAAUCUUACAGAGAAUAGUGUUCAAUCAUGUUUGUACUUAAACUGCCGUUUGAAAGGAGUUUGCUUGAUAAUCCCACUCAAUCCUCUCUCUUCCCUUUCACUUUCAUACAAACCCAAACUAAACCUGACUUAUUGUCCCAAACAACCUUACUGUUAUAUCAGGGGAAUGUUUAGAAUGGUGAAUCGUUACAGAAUAUAUAUAAUAAAUAUAUCAUGUAGAACAGAUAUGUCAAGUAGAAUAGGGUAUGUUGUUGACUCUUGUUACAUUUCUAUCUGCAUUGUUGUGAACGUUUCACCCCCAACUGAACAUACCCCAGGCUUGAGCUCCACUAGCACAUACAAGUGCCCACCUGAGCGUCCUCAGACAUGGAGGAGAUCAUGCGUAGGUUAGAAGUUAGAACCUCCAGAAGAACCCAUUCACUCACUCCCUGGUCUCUGAGAGUGUACAGUCAGCCAUACCAGGUAUAUACUGUCUGGAUUUGUUGCUUUUAUCAUGAGUCGGGGACCAAUGGGGUAGCGCUGCACAUUUCAGAAGAUUCCUAUAUCAUAUUAAGUGGUUCCUAAGUUAUUUAACACUAUCCCCCCAUAAGCCUAUCAGAAUGGGCCAGUCUGGGGUCACCCUCCCCUGUCGACUUGUGGUACUGCUCUAUGGUUUCUCCCUGCCAGUUAUUGGUUUGCAUGUGUGAUGGUUUCUCCCACUCGAAGUAUCGAUAACAUGCAUAUUCCAGCAUGUUGGAUACUGCGUUAGGCACCGUCUGGUGACAUAGGCGUUUUUUAUUAUAAAUUAUUUGUUUAUUAAUCGGCACUUUGUUCUUUAUUGUCAGGUAUGAAUGGUAAUUUAUCAGAUUUGUAACCUUACAAAGACACAAUCCAAUCAAGAUGUAACCACAAAGUAACUGCAUUACGAUAUUAUAAACAUAAAUGUUUGUUGUAAAUGUCAUUGAUGAGUUGUACAUUUGGAAGAUUGUAACUCGAACAGAUAAUUAAAGAUGAUUGCUGGCGAUAAUGUA